AUGAGUGAGUUCGACAGAUUUAGAGGAUCAUCUAAAGCAUUUAUAGUUUUCAUGCUCUUCAUAUUCUUACUAUAUGCUGCUAUUAUUAUGAUUAGAAUGAUUAAAGUUAAAGGAGAUAAAAACAAAAUACCAGUGAUGCCAGCAUUCUUUGAGGCCUAUAAGAGAGUUUUUGAAGUCGAUAUGAUGUAUUCAUUUUUGGUAUACUUUAUGGCUAUUUCCCUUGGGACAAUGUAUGAGUUUCUUUGCAUUUUUGGAAUUGUUUUGAUUGGUAUCUCUGUUUUACUGACAAUCGCACAUUUAAAGGAUCACAGAAAGCUAAAGUUGAUAGCUAAAAUUGCUAAUUUCAGCUUAACAGUCAUUGGAUUUCUCAAUAUUUUUAUCAAUGACAUGUAUUUCUCAGAUUUCGCCAUUAGCAAAUGA